CCGCCUCCGCGCCCCGCCCCCUGACUUCCGGCGGCGCGGCGCGCAGCAGCGCUCUCGCCUCCUCCCUCCCUCCCCUUGAAGGCGAUCGGGCCGGGAGCGGCGACCGGGCCGGGCCAGGCCGCGGCCAUGAGCGAGGCAGAAGUGAAUCCCAAAGCUUACCCCCUGGCUGAUGCGCAGCUCACCAAAACGCUACUCGAUCUCGUGCAGCAGUCCUGCAAUUAUAAGCAGCUACGCAAGGGAGCCAACGAAGCCACCAAAACACUGAACCGAGGGAUAGCGGAGUUCAUUGUGAUGGCGGCAGACGCGGAGCCCUUGGAGAUCAUCCUGCACCUCCCUCUUCUCUGUGAAGACAAGAAUGUACCUUACGUGUUUGUGCGCUCCAAGCAAGCCCUGGGCCGAGCCUGUGGUGUUUCCCGGCCUGUCAUUGCCUGCUCCAUCACCAUCAAGGAGGGGUCACAGCUAAAGCCUCAGAUCCAGUCUGUCCAGCAAGCAAUAGAAAGAUUGUUGGUCUAAAUGCCCGUGAGUUUAAGUCUAUGUGGAAUAGGAAAGCUGAAGUCAGGGGGAAUUAAUGUCCAGCUUCAGUUGAGAUUAUAGUUUUGAUGUCAGUGUUCCGUUUCAAAGCACCACGUUUUUGUUUAAUAAUGGCUUAAUUCUUAGUGUUUCUGCCUCUCCUCCCCCCUCUUUUCUAUUAUUCCACUCCAACACAUUCAUUCUCAUUGUAUUACUUCUUGAAAAGUGAUUGUACAACUGUAUUUCCUGUUUGGUGUUUAAAAGAGAGGGGAAAAAAAAAAAAAAAAACCCUUAUCUCCAUGUUUGCCUGCUCAGGGCUUUUUUUUAACCCACCCAGGGGCUUCCUCUGUGUUGGAGUAUUUUGGUGAAGCUUCAGCCUCUAACAGGCAUAAGUAACUCUGUGUUCCUGAAUGGUUUAGUCUACUGAGGAUAAAGCAUGUUGGUUCCCCGCACAGCGUGUGCAUGCAGACUGCUGGAGUUGUUGCUUUAAGUGAUGGAGCAGCACAGACCACAUAUAGGGCAGGCAGCGGCUACCAUGUAGCAGCGGACAGAACCAAGAUCAGUACUCAUAGCACAACCUUUUUUCUUGAAACCAGACAAGGGACUUCCAUAAGAGGUGUACAGGGAGCAGAAAUCUUAUGGCAGUGCACAAGGGGAAAUCUCUUGUCUCGCUUAUUUUUAAAUACUGACUUUUUAAGAAAAAUAAAAUUGCUGACAAAGCUAAACAUAAUUGUCAUUCCCUCGGGGAAAGCAUUUGCAACUAACAGAAGUGUUCUGCUUGUAAAGCUAGACUGCUCAGAGAUUGCCUAAAGGCUAUUGCAGUGCAGUAGUUCAUACUCCUCAAGUUUUCUUUGUGUGGACUGUACCAAUGAGCUUGGGCUACCUAGGGAAUUUAAGCGCAAAACACAUGGUAGAGAGCAGCCUGCUGUGACUUACAAGUACCCUACAUCUGGCUGAUAACUAUAAAAAGUAUCUCAUGCUUUUAGGGAAGCUACUGUACUGUAGUCACCUGACUGAAGAUGAGUGCUUUAAGUCAUGGCCAAGACAAGAGACCAAGUACUUUUUCAGGUAAAUCAAGCUGUGUCUCAAGAAUGCUAGAUAAUCAUGUGCUCUGGAAAAGCGUGAAGCACCACCAGCAUUCUGAAUUAGUGGUGGGUUUAUGGAGCUAGCUUUAGUUAAAUGCAUAUUGUAUAAUUAAUCCAGUUACUGCUCUGAGCAGAAUCUAAACCUUUGUGUUGGAAUGGGUCAUAUCAAACCUGUCUUCUACUGCAGGAUGCCAAAGCAAAGCUAGUGUGGAAAGACCCAACAGGUACAACAGCAGAAGGGAAAAUAAGUUCUGUAAUGUUUCCACAGAGGCACUAACUUCAUACCUUUAGUAAGUACAUCCCCAAGCAGAUGAAAUCAGCUUAUGAAAGACUGAAGACAAAUCAUGUCUAUUUUUGUAAAUGGCUGAUAACAGUAAUAUCCUUGCUGAGGUGAGCUUAAUACAAAGAUUUUGUAGAGUCCUUUCACUUCUGUGAGGUUUAGAAAGGCUGCUGUUCCCUUCUGCUGAUGCUGCCUGUUGAGGUACUUGUGUUUAAAACCACAGUUUUGCAAAGGAUUUGUGCUAUUGUACCAUGCCAAGACAGCUGAUGUAAGACAAAGCACAUAAGGAGCAGAAAUAAAGGAUUCUUGAGCAAGCAAAA